UAGAUCUAUUACAGUUAUUCACCAUAUAUAGUACGGAAACUUUCUGUAAACCAAUUAACAGUUUUUCACCGCAGCAUUUUUACAGUCUUUUACUGUUAAAAUCACGGUAAUUUUUUACAGUGUAGAGUUUUGCAUCUGUAGUGAUUUAUGGUCUAAAAUAAUAAUAUUAAUAUUUGGUAUUAAUAUUAGCAUUGAGUUUUUGGUCACACAUCACCUAAGGUGAGUGUGAGAGUGUCAGACGAUUGCUCCUUAUUAUGGGGCACCAGCCAAGGAAUUUCACCUUGACAGUAAAGAACAAACAUGGAAGAUUGUUGACUAAAUUAGAAUGAUAUAAAUUGGAGAAAGUUUGUCAUCUGAUAAAUCUGAAGGAUUUGUAACAUAUUGUUAACUUGUAGUGCCUCUUACUGUAUUAUCAACACAAGGAAGACACAAGUGUAAUAAAAGGAUUUUAUUAACAAAAGGAUAGACAAGAGUAACUAACAACUACUGAAUGGAUAAAUUGCAAAAAGAUUGAUAAAUGCAAGUGUAUGAGCUGGAUGUUGCUAUGGCGGUUACAAGUUACCUUAUGGAAAAAUAAACUAGUUUCUCUAGAAUAAAUACAACCCAAACCAAAUUCUGAAUUCAACAAAUAAAUCGAGAGAUUUAUUUGCUGAUAUCAGGUAUGCAAAAUCUAAUGCAAAUUAGAUAAUCAUAUACUGACAAUAUACACUAAUGCCAAGGUCUCUGGAGAGGUUUGGUAAAGUGAUAUUUAUGCUUGGUCUUGCUGAAUCCGAGGGGGACGUCUCCAUCUAUUGACCAGGGCAGGUUUGCAGUUGGAAGAAAGGAGUUGGAAUCAGUUUCACCACCUUGAACACAAUGUACUUGAACGUUGAACUCCUGAAGCACAGAGAAGGUCCUUUUCCUGGAACACACAGAAGAAGAAGCCUUGAAGACAGAAGUUCUGAUGUGUGUGCAGAUGAUCCUUAUUCUCUGUAACAUGUAGAUGGAAGGAUCUUUUAAAGUCAGUGCAGAUCCGAGCAGUCUGGAACACGCAGAUCUGGAGGAUCUCUGAUGAGAGGAUUUUGAAGUUGGUGCAGAAGAUAUUUUGAAGAUGGGGGCUAAGCUUCUCUUCGCUGUCUCCAUUGCAGUUUUCAAACUCCACAAAUUCACUUCUUGCAGAACUUCCUUUGUUUCUCUCUUUAGAGCUUUAGAGUCUUGAGCGAGCAACUCGUAAAGUUGGACUUAGCUUAGCACAUCUUGGGACCGGAACCUUGAACCAGGACUGGAACUGGAACUGGAGCCUGGAACCAGAACAGGAAUCUGCAGCAACCCAGAAACUGGAACAAUUCUCUGUCUCAGAGAAAAGCCAUUUAAUCUCUCAUGAGAAGGAGGGGCUUGCAAAUUAGCACCUUUUAGAUCCAGUGUUUUGAUUGGCUGAUGCUGUCAGAGGUGGCCAGUGUAUAGCCUCUCUUUAUGUGAGGUUCAUUUGCAUAGCUUAAAGUUCAUGUUUAGAACAAUGUCAAAGGUUUUUCCUAUGCAUAAUUCACUUUCCAAACCAAUUUCAGAUUAACUUAGGCACUAUGCUGAAAACAUAGCCCAAACAUCAUUGGGUUAUGCAUUCAUGUACAGUGCAUCUGGAAAGUAUUCACAGUGCUUCACUUUUUCCACAUUUUAUGUUACAGCCUUAUUCCAAAAUUGAUUAAAUUCAUUAUUUUUCUUAAAAUUCUACAAACAAUACCCAUAAUGACAACAUGAAAGAAGUUUCUCCCAUUCGUCUUUGCAGGACCUCUCAAGCUCCAUCAGGUUGGAUGGGGAAUGUCGGUGCACAGCCAUUUUCAGAUCUCUCCAAAGAUGUUCAGUCAGGUUCAAGUCUGGGCUCUGGAUGGGCCACUAAUGGACAUUUACAGAGUUGUCCCAUAGCCACUCCUUUGUUAUCUUGGCUGUGUGCUUAGGGUCGUUGUCCUGUUGGAAGAUGAACCUUCGCCCCAGUCUGAGGUCCAGUGCUCUCUGGAGCAGGUUUUCAUCAAGGAUGUCUCUGUACAUUGCUGCAUUCAUCUUUCCCUCAAUCCUGACUAGUCUCCCAGUUGCUGCCGCUGAAAAACAUCCCCACAGCAUGAUCCUGCCAUCACCAUGCUUCAUUGUAGGGAUGAUAUUGCUGGCAUGCCACUUGUGUAUUACUCUCACUGAGAUUAAAAAUGCUGACAGGACGAUGUUUCUAGACUCCCCCAUUUCCCUGUCGGGCCUGAUUGCCUCCGUGGUGGAUGGCUUCGCAGAGCGCUGCAUCGUGGCCCAGAAGUCAUUGCAGGCUAUGCGUCAUGUCCUGCCAAAUAGAGCUAGUCCCUCCACUGCCUCCAGUCACUCCAAGACAGCCCAUUCGACUCAGCAGCGACCCAGACCAGCCUCAGUGCCGUCUAGCCCUAGCUGAAAGCCAGCCCGAAGUCGAGCCACAUCUCCGGCCACCCGUUUCCGAAGUGUCAAGGACCUCCCGCCAAUCUAGAGCUGGACCCUGUGCAGUCCUGAAGGAGGAAAGGGUUAAGUCAGGUUUUUACUUCCUUGUCCCCAAGAAGGAUGGCAGCCUCAGGCCCAUCCUCAAUCUGAGAUGUCUGAAUCAUGCCCUCAUGAGACGGUCUUUCAGAAUAUUACCUAUGAAACAAAUCCUCAUACAAAUUCGUCCCGGGAUUGGUUUAUAUCAGUGGAUCUGAAAGGCACCUACUUUCAUAUCCAGAUAGCCCCCUAUCACACACACCAUUCUUGAAAUUUGUGUUUGAGGGUAUGGCGUACCAAUAUACAGUCCUUCCAUUUGGACUCUAGCUCUGCAUACUUUUAUGAAGUGUGUAGACGUGGCUCUCUCCCCUCUGAGACAGACGGGAAUCUGCAUACUGAACUACCUUGACUGAUUGGCUGCUUAUAGCCCAAUCAGAAUAGGAGCUGUGCGCCCACAGAUCCCUGUUCCUCAAUCAUCUUAAAAAACCUGGGCUUCAUGGUCACUUUGGCAAGAGUUUGCUGAUCUCCAGCCAACAAAUUUCUUUCCUGGGAGUGGUCAUCGACUCAACUCGAAUGCAGGCUUGGCUCUCACAGGUGCGCUUCCUGAAAAUCAGGAGCAUGGCACCCUCAAGCAAGGUGGGGUCUCAUCUCCCCCUCAAGAGGUUUCAGAAGCUGUUGGGCCUCAUGGCAGAAACUUCCUUGAUCAUUCCACUGGGCUUGGUUUCCAGGUGGAAAGUGGUCAUGACAGAAGCCUCCAAGAUGGGCUGGGGUACCCUGUCCAAUGGCAGAAUAGCCAUGAUAGCCAGGCGAUUCUGGCCUUCAAGGAGUUCCAGAUGGAACUCGGGGAUCAUCACAUCCAGGUCUGCUUUUGACAACAGGACGGUGGUUGCAUUUGUAAACCACCAAGGAGGUCUCAGGUCUGCACAGACUUGCAAACAGUCUUGUCUAGAGGUACUCUAGUGAAGUGGGCCCACUCCUCUCCUCCACUCCUCUUGGGCUUGGUCCAGCAGAAUCUCUAUCACGGAUAUCUGUGUGGCGGCCGGCUGGACUUCACCGUCCACUUUCAUCAGAUUUUACAACCUAACUAGAUUUUAGCCCUAGCAUAAUUAUGUGGUGUAAAGAAACUGGAGAGCUCCCCAGAACUAUUUUUUUCCUCCGGGGAAGAGUAGAGUUCAGAGGAGGCGGGAUGCUAGGAGGAAGUAUUUGAAGGAAGUGAUUUGGUAAACAAGACUGAAAUGCAGAGGAGAAGUAACAUUCCUCCUCUGUAACAAACAAGAGAGGUUUUUAGCAAGCACCUACAUUAAGCUCUGAGGCUGGACUAAUGACAUAAAUGGCAUACUUAAUUUAUUUUACGACCCACAUUAUGAUAGAUCUGGCACAGGGCUUGAGAGUAGAGCCAUGAAUUGCUUUAUGCUAGGUCAAUACUAGGGUUAGUGCUAAUCUAAAUUAGCAUGGGCUAUAGCAGGUCUUAGAUGAGAGUAUUGAGCUGCCUCCCCCAAAAGGGGUCUUUAAGUAGGAUGGCUCCCCUGUGGCUCCUCUGACAUCUAGUUGAUGACAUCUAUUGCUAGCACCCUCUUAUACCCACAGUCUCUCCGGAAGUGACAUCAUGGACUGUUGUCGAACAAUGAAUUUGUUGUGUGUAUACAUUUGCUUUAGACACCUGUCACAUUGAUGCCAUUCCCCAUAGCCUCGAUUCAGGUGCAGUGUCUUGUUGCUUUUCUCAGGGAACCAUGGUUACAGUUGUAACCCAAGACAGUGUGUUUUUUUUUUUUUUUUUUUAAAUACAGUGUCUGAGAGAGAUGCAAAGAUCCACAGAGAGACUACAAUAGAAUGAGCCACAGAAACUGAACAUGUCAGCAUUUCUGAUGUGUCUCUGACGUUUAUGAGGAUUGAGUACUGUCGGGCUGUUUAGGAUGGAAUGGCUGGUAUCAGGAAGAAAGUGUUUGCUGUGGGUUAUUAAAUAACUGCUGAAAUGAAUCUAACUCUAAUUUGUGUCACUGACUUGUAAACAAACCAUGGUCUUAAGCAGAAUGCUGCAGGUCACAAAUAACAAUAUUUGACCAAUACUAGUGCAUUUGGGUGAUUACCUGUUGCUUGAUAUAAUCAUCAACUUUUGUUUAAAAUUGCUGAUCAAACCAUAAGAAGGAACAAAACUGUACAGUGCAAAUACAUACAAUAUCUGAAGAAAAGUAUGUUUGUAUGGUUUGUCCUAUAAAGGGAGCAUCUGAUGAUUGAGUUUUGAAUUCCUUAUGAACAAUUCACUUGACCUUUUAUUGGUUUGCCACAGAAACAUGUAGGCUGAGUGUGCUUACUUACUACUCUCUCUCUCUCUCUCUCUCUCUCUCUCUCUCUUUCUCUCUCUCACACACUCACACACACACACACACACACACACACACACACACACACACACCCUUGACACAUAUAUGCUGUUUGAUUCUAAUGAGGAAGUUCUUGUUAUUAUUUCCUGAACUUGUGAAUGUUGUUUGCUAUGUUGUUUAAAUUCUCUUCCUCUCCCUUUUUCUUUUUUUUCCUCCUCUCUCUCCCUCCAUCUCUCUCUCUCUCUCUCUCACUCUCUCUCUCUCAGUUCUUCCCUCACGCUCGUGCUGGUGUUCCACUGACCCAUAUUUCUCUGGUAGUUCUUUAAAGAUACAGAGCCGCAGACUGCCUCCAAACCAAAGUAGCACUGACAUAAAAAAAACAGUGACAAAGCAAAACAUAAAAGAAAUUACGGAGAGAAAAUACAAGAUAGGAAACAAAUAAGGGGAAAGAAAGAAGCAAAUAAGGAAAGAGAGAGAGAGAGAGAGAAGAAAUGGUUUUGUUGAUCUUAUUAUAUACCCAAUGACUCAUUGCAUGAUGAAUCUAAGACUCCCUCCUUUAAUAGUUAUCAUCAGACUUUAAUUAGUCCAUUAAUUUUGGUUUUAUUAUAAUUAGCAGAGUUUUUCAGCUAUUUUUGCAUGAUAUGGCAAGCAACUAAAGCCAUUAAAAUGUUAAAAAUAAUGCAGAGCAAUUAAAUCUAUCAGAUGAGUUCAGUAAAAAUGCACUGAGCUGGUAAAGACACACAGCUGAUGUGUUUGAGAGGUUUAUCUGCUCUUCUGCCCAGCAGCCAUGUUGGACGGAGGGGCUUGAUGGAGGAUUCUGUGUUUGCCAUGGCAACUGAUACUGGUCCUGAGACUGUGCUUUCCAACAUCACACAUAAUUUCUGCUUUAACUCAUUUAGUGGAUUUAAAAGGGGUCCUCUAUAAAAUAUGUGUUUGUUAACAUAUGUUUGUGUUGACAGAUUUAGGCAUGUUUUAUCCUAUAAAAAGAGUCAAUUUAUUAUCUAAAGUGUCACUUUAUUUUAUUAUAAGCAUCAUUUAACUUUUUCAUCAUUUCAGCUCUACCAACUCUUCUGCAACAGACCCAGUUUCACCUUUUGCUGCAUCAGUGGAAUCUUUUGAGGAAACUACCUCUAAAAUGGUGCAGAAUAGUUACACAUGUGCCUCCAAAAGAGAGCUCAGCUUGUAAAUUUGAGCAUUACCCUGUCUAAUAUGGACAUAUUGCAGUCACUUCCACCAGCCACCAUGGUGACUGUUGAAUUGUCAUUGACUUUAAUGUAGAUGGGUUGCAUUAUGCUGUACACAUUUUUUUUUCCUGUCUAAUUUGUGAUUCUUUGAACUACCUGAAAUAGUCACUUUUUCCACAACAAGUGCUUUGCAUAGGCUAUAUCUCUCCCAUCCUGUUUACUAUGCUUAAGUUGUCUGUUUCAUUACAUAUUGUGUCUAAAAUACUUUUUUUUUUUUUUUUUUUAAACGUCAAAGCUCUUCAUGGUCUUGUAAAGAAACCUUGAAGUUUUAGAAAGGCACUAAAUAAAACAUUUAUUAUUAAUAUUAUUAUUAAUUUAUUAACAAAAAUAACAGUAAUUAAACAUUUUCCUGCAAUAAGAUACACAUAAGAGUUGUUAAUAAUAAUAAUAAUAAUAAUAAUAAUAAUAAUAAUAAUAAUAAUUUUAUUUGAUUAACUCGUGCACCACGAAGAGGUGUAUCAUCUUACAGGAAAUUGUUUAAUUUAUUUCACUGAAAGCAAGUUCUAUUGAGGCAAAUGUGCAUAUGCGAAAGGCGACCCUCAGCUCCAUAGACACACGGGCUGACAGCAGCACGUUAUUCACCAAAACCUAUAGGGCCGAAAGAACGUCUUCGCUCUUCACAGCGAUUGUUUAUGAAAAUGAUUUAAAAAUGAUUGUUACCGGGUGUUUAUGAUCGAGGCCGUCCUUGCAUUUGUGCGUCUUUUCUCUGGAGUGUGUGUGUGUGUGUGUGUGUGUGUGAGGCUGCGGGCGGUUAGUGAUGUCGUUGGUUGAGUAUUGAGCUCCCGUCUGACCUACUUUCUUACUUCGCAUCAGCACAGCGCUGUUUACAGGCGCUCGUGAGCGGAGGAUGUGGACCCGGUAACGAAAAAAACGUAGCCGAAACGCAGAGGCGCGUGCUCUCGUAUGCCACUUAAUCUUGGGAUUCUUCAGUUAACCUGUUUUAUGCAUAUUUUGCCCCGUGUCCGACUUCACAGUGGCUCUUUCGUGGGUUGUUUAUGGUGAAGGCAGGCUUCAUGUGAGAGGCGCGGACGAGAGCAAAAGUGAAGUGUGGACCUGUAGUCCUUAACGCACGGGUCUGCUGUUUCCACCACUAACUUCAUGGAGAAAGAAAGAAGUUUUGGAAGCCAUUUUCAGCUGGAAGGCAAGAGUCACGAUUAACGAUAUCUUGAUGAUAAGCUAGUUUUUGGCAUUUUAAGGACUUGCUUGCCAUAAGGACAUAACCUCAGCAUCUGUCGGCUGCCAAUCAUCAGUGGGGUAACACUGGCAGCAAGCCAUUUGAGAUUUGUGAGUAGUGGCUAACCACUUGCAUUAGGUGGUUAGCGUGUGCCGUCUAUUAGAAUUUCUGCGGGUGUUUUAAGUGUAGAAAACGCGAAUGGGACACGCUAGCCUUCACAGACGGCCUGAAUGGGAGAAGGAGUGAGCAUGGACAACCUUUCGGAGUUUGGAGGCCUUUGUCCGUCCAGCCGGAGGGAAUGGGACACAAGCAGCUGUGUGGAUGAUUUAAUGGACGAAGAUGAGAAGGACAGAGCAAAAAGGGCAUCCCGUAAUAAAUCAGAAAAGAAGAGGAGAGACCAGUUCAAUGUUCUCAUUAAAGAGCUGUGUACUAUGCUGCAGGGUCAAGGUCACCCCCGCAAGAUGGACAAAUCCACCAUCCUGCAGAGGACCAUUGACUUCCUGCAGAAACAGAAAGAGAUCACAGCACAAACAGAAUCUUGUGAGGUCCGGCAGGACUGGAAGCCUUCUUUCCUUAGCAACGAGGAAUUCACCCAGUUAAUGCUGGAGGCAUUGGAUGGUUUCCUAAUAGCUCUUACUACAGAUGGGAACAUCAUAUAUGUAUCUGACAGUGUCUCGUCUCUCAUCGGCCAUCUGCCGUCAGAUAUGGUGGACCAGAACAUUUUGAACUUUCUGCCAGAGCGAGAGCACGGAGAGGUGUAUAAACUUCUGUCAUCACACAUGCUCUUGACGGAGCCUUCUACUGUGGACCUACUCAACAGCAAUGAGACGCACGUCGAGUUCUGCUGUCAUUUAGCGAGGGGGAACAUUGACCCGAAAGAACCACCCACAUAUGAAUAUGUCAAAUUUGUUGGAGAUUUCAAGUUUCAUAAUAAUGUGCCUCUGUCUUCAUGUAACGGUUAUGAGCUGGCGUUCCCGCGCACACUGCAGUCUUCACUAGAGGAGCAGAUCUGUCUCGUAGCCACAGUGAGACUCGUGACCCCUCAGUUCCUGAAGGAUCUGUGCAACAUGGAGGAUGUGUGUGAUGAAUUCACAUCAAGACACAGUCUGGAAUGGAAAUUUCUCUUCUUAGAUCACAGGGCCUCUCCUAUCAUUGGGUACCUACCGUUUGAGGUUUUGGGGACCUCAGGUUACGACUACUACCAUGUGGACGACCUGGAGCUGAUUGCGCAGUGUCAUAAACAAUUGAUGCAGUGUGGGAAAGGAAAAUCCUGUUACUAUCGGUUCCUGACUAAAGGGCAGCAGUGGAUCUGGCUACAGACACACUAUUACAUCACAUACCACCAGUGGAACUCCAAACCAGAGUUUAUCGUCUGUACACACAACGUAGUCAGUUAUGCUGAAGUCCGAGCGGAGAGAAGGAGAGAGUUUGGAUUGGAGGAAAGCUCAUCUGAUAUGGCCACAUCCUCAAUCAAGGGGCAGGAGGUGUUUUUGGACAUGUGUCCUCCUUUGGAACAAACACGGGAGAGAAUCAGCAGCGCUCGAUCAGUGUCAUCACAAAGCUCGAGAAAAUCAUCGCACACAGCACUGUCCGACUCUGCAUCGAACUCAUCAGUGAGGUACACAGAAGCGUGCACGUCAUCACGGCAGUCUGCUUCCAUUGGUCCUGAGAAGAGUUCCAGCAGAAUGCCACAUAGUGGAUCGAAGACCCUGAUUCAGAGACAGAGCUCCUCUGAGGCCACGUCACUCUCCCCCUCCUGCAGUCAGCAUUCCGCCAUGAUACAAUCUCUGUACGGAUUCCAGCAGCCUCAGUUAGGCGUCAUGCAUCAGCUGAAAGAGCAGCUAGAGGAGCGGACACGCAUCCUACAGGCCGACAUCAAAACCCAACAACAAGAGCUGCACGACAUUAAAGAGAAACUACAACUCGCUAACCUACAGAUGUUUCUCCAGCAGCCGAUACAGGGGGAGUUCGCCGGUUCUGGUUCACAGCAGCAGGGUCCAGGCAGGCCGGCCCAACACAGCACACACCCCAAACCUCAACACUGUGUUUCACAUUCAUCACACACACUGCUCAGAGAACAGCCCAGUAGCUCAUCUGCUCAGGGGCAGCAGAGACUAGUUCAGACUGGACACAUGCAGGCCGUCAGUGUUCCAAUGCAGACACACACCAGUCUCACCACACCCUUUUACAGCAACCCAAUGAUGUUCUCCCCCAACCACGGACACAGAGCCCAACACGACACACACUGCCAAAGACACACACACACAGACUACAGCCAGGAUGGACAGCUACGUAGGAUGCUGCUAAACCAGCCAAUGCAGACGCUUGUACCAGACAGCAAUGGGGGGGCUCAGUCUUCCCAGUGCAGCUCAACUAUUCAACAAACCAAAUAUCCUCUGGACCAGCAGAUGAUGGCUCCUUCCUUCCCUUUGCAGCAGGUGAAUUGUAACGCUGUGCUUGUCCCGUCCCCCGUCUUCACUUCACCAAUCAUGAUCCCCCAAAAUAGUUUCAUCACCCAUCAGGCCACACCUAGCUUCACGCCUCACCCGCCGGCUUCCCCGCACGGCUUACCACUACAGCAGCCUCAGCAGUUCUUUCAGAUGCAGCCUCAGGGUCUGAUUCACAGCGCUCCCACUCAGGCCUUAUUCCACACCCCUAGCGUUCCACAGCAAAGCAUCGUGGGAUACGUACAGCCACAACAGCAACAACAGCAGCAACAGCAGCAUCAUCACUCCCAGUCCGGCAACCUGUCGGACUACAGAAACAUGCUACCACGGUAGCCCCGCCCCCCGGGAGAAGACGAGAGGUUGCCAGGAAAGCGCAUUGAGCAUUUAGCUCUGAAAGGCAUGAUGGGAAGGGACUCUCUCGGCAUAGAGGAAGGCUCGGUCCCGAGCCAAACCAAAUCGAGAAAGCCAAAGUCCUUUAAAGUUCCCAUGACAGCAAAUGAUGGUGAUAACGCCACGAGGCCCAAGGGCUCUGCCUGGCCUGGACUGCACACAGUGGAUGCUGGGAUAUGUAGGAGGAGCCCACAGGGGUGUGACCCACCUGUUAUUCAUGGAGACAGGGGUCACAGAGCAGUCGAGCAGAUGCUCCGAUUGAUAGAAAAAGGACAGAAAGUCGGAAGGGUUUUGGCACUGUAAUGUUAAAGAUGGUUGACGUUAUCUGGACUUUUUACAAACAAACACACACACACAAACAAGACAAAAUCAACUAAUCAGUAAUGCCUUGACAGAGCUUAAACUCAAUGCAGAGUCCGCUGAGUGUGCCGUCACAUGUUCUGUUCUCAAACGCAUACUAAAAUACUAACUAAAAGAGAAAUCGCCCCACCAAAAUGAAGAAAAAUACAUGGUCAUGAACUGCUUUUCACACAUAUUUCAUAUGUGUAUGCUGAAGAGUGGAGCUGGGCACAGUUCAGCGAAGACCCAAACAUAUUUCAAAAAUGCAUACAUUUAGCUUCUUGUUAUCAUGUGCUGAGCAGGUUCGGUCCCCUCCUGUUGUUACGUUAAAGCUAACGUAAGAAACUUGAAUCACGUUGUAUAUUUCAAAUAUUUAAGAAGAAUUUAACGUUCGCAUUAGGGCAAAAUUUUCCUACUGUUGAGUUCAGCUCAAUCCCUGUUACUUUUUUUUUUUUUUUUUUUCCCCUCUGGAUCCACUUUACUGUACAUAUAGUUCCUCCACAUAAUGUGUUCUGGAUGGUCAUAUUUCAGUACGUUUAUUUCGGUUUUCAUAUUUAUGCUAGUGUCUAGACUUAACUCCUCAAGAGAAAGCAUGUUUGCUUCCCUGAUCGAACGGUUCUUUGAUUUUUCUGAUGUUAAUGUGGUCCGCAUGUCCAUACAGUAAAGCUCCACUGAUUUGAUGUCAAUAUAAACAGAUGUGAUAAUAUUUAAUUUCAGUAUUACACAGGGAUGAAGCUCUGUCUAAUUCAUGCUUCAUAGAAGAGGGACUUUGUGAUUGUUUUACGGUGGUGGGUGGAAGUGCAGCAGCAGUUUAACUGUGAUGAACAAAUGAAGAUAAAAUGCAGAUUAAAUGAUUGAAGACAAUCAUACAUAUUAGGCCUGCAGAAAUGGAAAUGUUCUCAUCUGCCUAUGUCACUUGGGCUCAGUGUUUUACAAAUACGGUUCAAAUAUUAGUAAAAGAACAUGCACUUUUUUUAUCUUUUUUUUUUUUAUGGGGGGGGGGGGGUAUUUGGUGUAGACCAGAGGUGCCCAAACUUUUUACAACGAAGGGCAAAAAAAUCAAACUUGAUUGAGGGUCAAAAGUAAAAGUUGCAUUAUAUCAAACUGUUAUAUUAAAUUUAAAGUGUUUAAUCUUGGUUCCCCUUAUUUAUGAUUUCAUAGUAUCAAAAUAUUACUCUGCAAUCUAUAUAACUACUGCAAUUAUAUUUUUAGUUUAUUUACAAUACAAUGAAGCUUUGUAGUUUGUAAUGAUGUUUUUGUUUCUUUGUAAACACCAACUGACAUUAGGGCUGGGCGAUAUAUCGCAUGCAAUUGUCACGCGCAUUUCGUCUGUAAAGCCGGUUCCCUGAUUACGGCUAAAUCGCCAUCACCUGCUUUCAAAUGGAGCGGCAUUUAAUAGACAGAACCGUAGAUCACUGACAAGCUACGCAAUAUCGCGUUCAUUAUCGCAGAUUAAUCGCCUUCGAUAAUGAAUUAAAAUUAAGCUACUGUAAGUUCAGAGAAAUGAAAUCAAUGAUGCUAAUAUGCUAUCUAGAAUUAUUCACAUUAUUUUGAAGUGCCCACGGUAACAACAUGGUGCAUUAUAAAUUUUUGCCGGUACCGGCACGUCUACUUCAAUGGCAUGUUUUUUUUGUUUUUUUUUCAUAGGCUAUUUUUUUCCCCUCAUGGCAAAUCAAAGGUCAUCACGGGCCAACUUUGGUUUGGGCAUCUCUGGUGUAGACACAUAGGCCUAAGUGUAAGGCAAAGGGCAAAAUCAUUUCAGAUGUUCUGGAAUGUUGUGAACACUCAGACACACAAACAGGAAAAAAAAAAUCUGACAAUCGGAAAAUCUCAGUUUGUUUCUUCUUCGCGAGAACUUCGAUUUGCGCUUUUCUCUGUCCUGUCACGCGUUGCACAUUGAAAACUGGUGCUGAUUAUUUUUUAUUUUUUUAAACUAAGAACAUUCUUUACAAGAAAGUCUAAGAUCAUGUGCCCUUCUGCUUUAUGUGAGAUGCGAAUCGAAAAACAAGAAUGUGUGUAAUUUAUACUUAGAUUUUAGUUCUAGUCAGGUAUGUUUUCUUGUAUUAGCAAGAAACUUCAUAUUAGUAAAAGCCAAUGUUCUGUUUGAAUGAAAAUGGAAAGUAUUUUUGUAUGAAAAGAUCCUUGACAUUCCUUCAGUCAAAAGUGUGAAACUCCCCGACACUCUCAGGUGUGACAUCUUCACGCAGGUGUAGCUUGUUAAACUUAAGCUCAAAUCAGAUGAACUACACUCAAAAGAAGCACUCCAGAGAUUUUUACAUUUCCAAGAGUUCAUUUACAGCCCCAAGAGUCCCCAACCAUCUGAACCAUUUCUAAAUGUUUUUCAAAGGUUUGUGUAGAGUUGAGUCUGAAUUGCGUAACUGGUUCAUCUCAGCGUUUUGUUCUGCCUUCCUGGAAUGGCACUAGAAAAGACGAGGAAGAUGUUUGGCGUGUUUGUGUUUCAGAUGCUGGCUAGACGCAAACAGCACAAAGUGUGACGUGUCUGGGUGUUCUGCAUCAGUGCCUCCUGUUUAUCAUCUGCUGCUGCUGCUCUGAGAUUAUCUUUGGGUCUCACAAAUGCUCUUAAUGUCUGUAGACAUGAGAGAAACUACUCUUUGAGUCAGAUUUAACUUUUAUAUUUUAGUAACCCAACCUAAGAAUCCAUCUCAAGGUGGUAGAUGCAUUUUGGAAGACUGUUGCUGGUCUAAACUAGGUGGUCAUUAGCUGGUCAAAGCUGAUAAAACCAUCUAGGACCAGCAACAAACCAGAUAGUUACCAUUUUAGGGCGGUCAAGAUGGAUUUCGGAAGAGCUAGAAAACAGCUUAAAAUUUCCAUUAGAGUAGACUGAUUUUAAAAUGAGAAGGACGAAUAAAUCCAAAGGUUGUAAUUUGAUUCAGUCCUCAAUGUGACGCCAUUUUGGAGUGUGCAUCAUCCCCCGAACAAAACCAGCUGCUUCGUCCUUCAUUUAAUGCCCAUUUGCGGUGUUGUCAUGAAAUAUUUUGUCAGCAAGGAUCCAGCAUUUAGUCUCAAAUGUUUCUUGAGACGUUCACGUUUUUUGCUGUGUCGUUUGCACAUGCAGAUGUUUUUGUGUUCAUUGAUUGGGUUGUGAGUGGUAGAUGAUACCUGUUCUAACUCUCUUAUCUUCUUUCUCUUUUCGUCCUGUGAAACUAUGCUCUGGUUGUGGAUUUCUGCACUUUAUUCUUUUUCCCUUCUUUAUGUCUUUUGCUCUCUCUUUCUCUCUGGCCUGGAUUUCUCCCCAAAAGUGUCUGUUCUGAUGAGGCUUUAGGCCUCAUGAGAACAUAGGAGUGUGUGUUGUGAGUGUAUGCGUUAUGUGUGUUACCGGAACAUUUGACUUCAGGUGACAUGACUCUCGCCGUGGGUGGCGAGAGCAUCAAUGCAUUUAUUUUCUACCAGGUGUGGUGAUGAGAUGGAAAACCACACCUGGAAUAAACAGCCAUCUCUGCUGAUACUCUGCAGAAAAUACAUGGAAGAUAUUGUAAUAUAAGACACAAAAAUGUUUAGAAAAAUAUAGUUAUUUUAUAAGAUGUCAAAUAGAUGAAUUUAUAUACAGUGUAUGAUUUGAAAGUAAAAAAAACAGAGGUAUUUUGUAACAGAUUAAUUAUUGAAGUGUCUUACUUUGGGGGAUGUAAAGCUUUGUUUGUCAGUUCAGCGAGUUGAUGUUGCACAGUCAAUGAUGUGUUGCUUGUUUUCCCCCUUUUAUUCUUCUGUGUACAUAUACCAUCACAACAAGCUUUAACAUAUUGUUAAUAUUGUUUUAAAAGAAAUUAAUAAUAAAAAAGUUUACAUUCUGAAACA